AUGGAUGCAAGCCACCCUGGUACCCUUGGACCAAGCUUCCGUCCUGUUGGAGAGACAAGCCCGGCGCCUUCACCUAGCGACAAGAGUGCCGUCCUGUUGACAAUUACCUUCUUCUCCACGGCCCCGAAACACGACGACUCCCGUCCCGAGACCGGCCAUUUGCUCUGUGUCGCCGCCGCACAUCGCCGCGUUUGA